AUGUCAAACAAGCGUAAGGCUUGUCAAUCCUUCGAAGUUCGUACAUCUAGGCAUCGUGGUCAACCGGACUCCGAAAACAGACCCAGCGAGCCGAAAGCUGUUCUGAUUCCCUCACCGCGCAGUUUCGUGAACGAGGUGGACAAACCUGAAGGGCUAUCCGCGGAGAUGUCUCAAGAGACUCAAAUCAAGCUUGGUGAUCUGCCCGACGAGCUUCUGAUGAUGGCGCUCUUUUAUCUUCGCAACGACAAAUUUUCUCUGGACGCGCUCGCCUUGACUGCUAAACGCUUUCAUGGUACUGUUCGCACGACAAGGAAGAUUACCCGUCCUAUCGCGUUACUUUCAGGCUCAGGUUCAGAUCCAAAAGCAGAUCCAGCCGGCGUUAUCGCUCAGAUUCUUCACUACCUGUGCAGUCUAUCACCUGAUACAGACGCGAGCAUAAUCCAGUCGCAUGCCUCGGGCUUCAAGACACUAUCAAUCGAUCGGCAACACAAAUACAACAAGAAGCUUCCUGCCAAUAUAUUCACAGCAACGAAUAUCGACAUGAUAGCAAAGACGAUUGGAUCCCUGCCCGGUCUGACCGUGAAGACUAGGACCGUAUGGCUGCGCCAGGUGCGCAAUAGAUAUGAACCGGCAGUGGUCGGCCUCUUGUUGACAUUGCUGUCUGGACUGGAGUAUGUCAAUCUGAGUGGCGACCUCACGUGCCUGUGGCAUCUUUUGGGGUGUGUGACCUCCUUCAAGUCGCUCAGCACAUUGCACCUUCGGCAAAUCACGACCGAAGAAUUCCCCGAUAGCUGCUGCUGCCUGAUGAGGUCUCCAAACCUGAAAGAACUCGCCUUCUUCGACAUGUCUCUCACGGGCAGGGUACUGGUUCAUUACGAUCAUCGGGCCUGGUUUUCUUCCAUAAAGCUAUCAGUCACAACCCUCCGGCUGAUUAGAUGCUACCUCCCCAGCUACAUGUGGUUACAGUUGCUUGAAAUGUGCAUGAACCUAGAAGUUUUCGAGUACACCAUCAGCCUCGCACUGUGCGUUAAAGAAGGGCCUGAACCAAUCUGGCACACCUCGGUUUGGCGCUCCCUGCUCGAGCACAAGGCUUCGUUGAGGCGCCUCGUUCUCACCGGUUUUGCAGGCGCUAUCACGGAAGGCAUGUUUCUCGCCGAUCUCCGCGAGUUUAGCAAUCUUCAAUACUUGGAGGUCGACCAGAAUUUUCUGCUUCCAUCUAGAAUCCCAGCCGAUUUGCAGGUGGAUUAUGAGACACUGCUGAACCACCUCCCGAAGUCGCUCAAGACUUUCAAACUUCAUGAGUGUACCUCUCAAGUUGCCAUCAAAAUUCUGGAAAUGGCCGCACACAACUACUGGUCUGAGCUAGUCACCUUGAAGCUGGCCUACCUUCCACGACAGAAAGGGCUUUGUGCGACGCGCGCAAGCUUAGAGAAGCUCCGGAGUAGAUGUGAAGAGAAGGGUAUCAGUGUUCUCAUAGAAGAGACUGAGGUAGUGACAGAGUACACUGGAAUGGUUCUGUCAUCAAUCGAGCGUAGGCGCCUUGACUGGAGUUUUUAG